AUGUCCACCAAAGUAAUCUUCACAAUAAUGUCUCUAUUCUCAACAAUUCUAAUAAUCGGUUGCGUGGUUACCUUUACACUAACCUCGAAAACACCCAAACAAUGGUGGAACAAUUCGUUCAUCUACCAGAUCUACCCGCGGAGCUUCAUGGACUCUGACGACGACGGAACUGGCGACCUCCCGGGAAUCUCCUCCAAAUUAGACCACAUCAAGGACCUAAACGUCUCAGCAAUUUGGAUAUCCCCAAUAUACUCCAGCCCGAUGGCAGAUUUCGGUUACGACAUCUCCAACUUCACCAACGUGGAUCCAAUCUUCGGAACCUUGGAAGACUUCACCAACCUGACGACCAAGGCCAAAUCCUUGGGUCUAAAGGUUUUGCUAGACUUUGUGCCGAACCAUUCAUCAGAUCAGCACCCGUGGUUCGUCUCCAGCAUCAAGAAGAUCAAACCAUUUGACGAUUACUACGUCUGGCUGGACGGAAAGCUGGUCAAUGGAAGCUACCAACCACCCAACAACUGGCUGAGUGUCUUUGGAGGCUCAGCUUGGGAGUGGAACCCCGUAAGACAGCAGUACUACCUGCACCAAUUCGCCAAAGCCCAGCCGGACUUGAAUUACACGAACCCUUUGGUUAGGUCAGAAAUGGAGAAGGUGUUGACCUUCUGGUUGGAUCAUGGUGCAGAUGGCUUCAGGAUGGACGCGGUUAACUAUCUGCUGGAGGAUCCGCUGUUCCAGGACGAGCCACUAAGCUCCAAAAGCACCCAGGUUCCAGAAGAUGACUACGAAAGCCUGGACCAUGUCUAUUCCAAGGAUCUGGAGGGUACUUUUGACGUUCUGAAGGCUUGGAGGAAGAUCAUUGACUCCCACAAGAAGGACAAGGAGCCUAAGUUGGUUCUUACUGAAGCUUAUGCUGAUCUGGAGAGCAUGAAGCGGUUCUAUGAAGCAGGCAGUGAUAUUCCAAUGAAUUUUGCGUUUAUUGAAAAGCUUAAUGGCAAUUCUACGACGAUGCAAUUCAAGAGAGCCAUUGAUGCUUGGCUAGGGAUGAUCCCUAAGGGUCAAGUUGCUAAUUGGGUCAUUGGCAAUCAUGACAAUCCAAGAGUUGCUGAUAGAUUUGGACCAGCUAGGGCUGAUUUCUUGACAAUGCUGACUGCAGUGCUUCCUGGAGUGGGUAUUGCGUAUUAUGGAGAUGAAAUUGGUAUGGUUGGCAGGGAAAUGACUUGGGAGGAGACUGUUGAUCCCGCUGGGUGCAAUGCUGGACAGGAAAGGUUUGGGUUGAAGUCCAGGGAUCCUGAACGGACUCCGUUCCAAUGGAGUGCGGAGAAAAAUGCUGGGUUCUCCGGGGCUAAUACAACUUGGCUGCCGGUUAAUGAUAAUUUUGAGGAGGUUAACUUGGCGAAGCAGAAAGUCGAGGGGGAGAGUCAUUAUAAGGUUUUUAAGAAGAUGGUCGAGUUGAAAAGAAAUUCAGUGGUGGUUGGUGGGAGUGUAGAGGUUAUUUUGGUGACAGAAGAUGUUCUUGGAGUGGUCAGAAGGGUUGAUGCCGGAAAUCCGGUGGUUUUAUUAGCGAAUUUUAAAAAUGAAACGGUGGUUAUUGAUGCUAGGACCUGGAUGAAUAUUCCGGAGAAUUUAAGUGUUUUUGAGGCUAGUGUUGGAGCGGGAAUUCCUUCUGGGGUUAUUAUGGAUACUACGGAGGUUUAUUUGCCUGCUGAAGCUACUGUUUUAUUCUUACUCCUAACCUUAGUCUCCGCCCAGGAGCCGUCAAAAUGGUGGAAGAAUUCGUUUAUCUACCAAAUCUAUCCACGUAGUUUUAAGGACAGCAACGGUGACGGAGUGGGUGACCUAAAAGGGAUCACCUCAAAAAUGGACCAUUUGGCGCGCUUGGGUGUCUCUGGGUUCUGGAUUUCCCCAGUGUGCGAAAGCCCGAUGGUAGAUUUCGGGUACGACAUCUCCAACUUCACCAACAUCGAUCCAGUAUUCGGAAAUUUGAAGGACAUGGAAGAUCUUAUCAAGGCGGCCCACACAAGGGACCUCAAGGUGAUCCUGGACUUCGUGCCCAACCACUCAUCGGACAAGCACCCGUGGUUCCAAAAAAGCAUCCAGAAGAUCAAACCUUACGACGAAUACUACAUCUGGAAGGACGCCAAAAUUGUAAACGGAACCCGUAAGCCACCCAAUAAUUGGUUGAGUGUCUUCCAUGGGUCGGCGUGGACCUGGAACGACGUCAGGAAGCAGUACUACUUCAGGCAGUUCACUCCCCAACAGCCGGACCUGAAUUACCGUAAUGCCGCGGUUAGGAAGGAAAUGGAGGACGUCCUGGUCUUCUGGACCAUGCGUGGUAUCGAUGGGUUCCGGGUGGACGCAAUCAUCCACGCUUAUGAAGACUCCAGAAUGCUAGACGAGCCGGUGAUUCCUAAUUCUGGCUACCCUGCGGACAAUUGGAAUUCCCUGAACCAUAUUUACACUCGAAAUCAAAACGAGACUUAUGAUUUGGUGGCGAGUUGGAGGAAAGUUCUGGAUGGGCAGCCGGGUGGUAAGAAGAUUCUAAUGACUGAAAGCUACACUGGGCUUGGUGAUCAAUUGGAUAAUUCUAUGCGUUACUAUAAAGCUGGAUCUGAUGUUGCUUUUAACUUUAUGUUCCUUGGAACCUUGAACAAUAAAUCAACACCUCUAGAUUUCAAGAAAGCAAUUGAUUCUUGGAUGAAUUACCUUCCUGAAGGGCAGGAGGCCAAUUGGGUGAUUGAUAAUCAUGACAACAACAGGGUUAACACAAGAUUCGGUGGUGCUAGGAAGGACCAGAUUAUUAUGCUAACUGCUAUGCUACCUGGAGUUGGUGUUAUGUACUAUGGAAAUGAAAUUGGCAUGGAUGACACCUGGUUGUCGUAUAAGGAAACUGUUGACCCGGUUGGAUGCAAUGCAGGACCUCAGAAGUAUAAUUUGACAUCCAGAGAUCCUGCUAGGACUCCAAUGCAGUGGGACAAUUCGACCAAUGCUGGGUUCUCAAGUAAUAAGACUACUUGGCUUAGGGUCAAUCCUAAUUAUCAAAGCAUCAACUUGGUAAGUGAGCAGAAUGACUUUAGAUCGCACUUUUCUAUCUUUAUCAAGAUGAUGGCAUUGAAGAAGUCCGGGAGGUUGGUUAAUUCGACGACUGAGACGGUGGUGAUUGAAAACAAGGCUUUGGGAAUUGUUAGGCGACCGGUUGGUUCAGGAAGGAUCUAUGCUAUGGUGAUCAAUUUUGACAACAAGCCGGUGAAGUUGGAUGCUGCUGCUUGGAUGAAUAUCCCGGAGAAUAUGAGGAUCUUGGUGACUAAUCGGGACUGGAAGACUUUCAGUUGGUACCCUGUUAAGACUACUGCUUUGGAGAUGCCUGCUUAUGGCUCUAUUAUCUACCCCCGAAGUUUCAAAGACAGCAACGGCGACGGUAUCGGCGACCUUAACGGAGUCCUCCAAAAGAUCGACCACUUCGCUGACAUGAAUGUCAGCGCCCUAUGGUUCUCGCCAAUCUUCAAAUCCCCCAUGGCAGACUACGGCUACGACAUCUCCAACUUCACGGACAUCGACCCACUCUUCGGCUCACUAUCAGACUUCAAAAACAUAACUGCAGCAGCGCACAAACGAGGUCUCAAGGUAAUCCUCGACUGGGUACCCAACCAUUCUUCGGACGAGCACCCGUGGUUCAACAAAUCCAUCAACCGGAUCAAGCCCUACGACGACUACUACAUCUGGCGGGACGCCAAAAUCGUCAACGGAACACGCCAACCACCCAACAAUUGGUUGAGUAUCUUCUUGGGCUCAGCUUGGACCUGGAACGACGUCAGGAAGCAGUACUACCUCCACCAGUUCCUGGACAAGCAGCCGGACUUGAAUUUCCGCAAUGCAGACUUGAGGAAAGAAAUGGAGGACGCUUUGAUCUUCUGGGCGAACAAUGGUGCUGAUGGCUUCAGAAUUGACUCGAUGAUCUUCAUGUACGAGGAUUCUCAGUUCCGUGAUGAACCCUUGAUCCCCAACACUGGAAAACCUGCUGAUGAUCCAGCAACCUUGGACCACAUCUACACUCAAAAUCAACCUGAAGGCUACGACCUGCUCAAAACCUGGAGGAACAAGCUUGAUGCUAUCGGAGGCAACCAGAGGAAGUUCAUCAUCAUGACUGAAGCCUACACAACCCUUCCUCUCACCGUCAAGUACUAUAAAUACGGCGCUAAUGUCCCUUUUAACUUUAUGUUUGUAACAGGACUCAACAACAAAUCCUCCGCCCUGGAUUUCAAGCGUAGCAUCGACGGCUGGCUGAACAACGUCCCCGAGGGUGACUACGUCGCCAAUUGGGUGGUAGACAACCACGACAACCAGCGAGUCGCCAACCGCUUUGGACCGCAACGAGCUGACCAGUUAACAAUGCUUGCUGCUGUGCUUCCAGGUGUUGGAGUCGUCUUCAACGGCGACGAAAUUGGCAUGAUUGGCGCCAACAUCUCCUGGGCGGAGACCGUUGAUCCCCAAGCUUGCCUAGCUGGUCCCGAUCGCUACCUAAGUGUCACCAGAGAUCCUGAAAGGACUCCCUUCCAGUGGGACAACUCCACCAGCGCUGGGUUCUCCAGCAGUAACAAAACCUGGCUGCCAGUCAAUUCUAACUACAAGACCCUAAACUUAGCCAAUCAAAAGAACGACGCUGAUUCUCACUAUGGCAUCUUUAAACGUCUAGUUGCUUUGAAAUCCAAGGAAGUUGUCAAGAAGGGAGAGACUGAAGUCAUUCUGGCUACUGAAAACGUCCUUAGUGUCAUCAGGAGGCUCCCUAAUCAAAACCCAGUUGUCUUGCUGGUCAAUUUUAAGACUACCAAUGUCACCAUUGAUGCUGCUGGUUGGUUGAACAUCCCUAGUAACUUGACGGUUUAUGCUGCUAGCGUUGGAUCCAACAUCAAGACUGGGUCCAAGGUUGAUACCUCCAAUUUCAAUCUUCCUGGUGCUGCUUCUAUGCGUCGCGUGUUGGUUCUAUUCCUGCUGAUUGCCAGCGAUUCGUUGGCUCAAAAUUCAGAAUGGUGGAGAGACACCUUCGUUUACCAAAUCUACCCGCGAAGUUUCAAAGACAGCAACGGUGACGGGAUUGGUGACCUAAAUGGAAUCACCUCCAAGUUAGAUCACCUCGCAGAUUUAGGAAUCAGCGCACUCUGGCUGUCACCAAUUUACACCAGCCCUAUGGUAGAUUUCGGCUACGACAUCGCCAACUUCACCAACAUCGACAGUAUCUUCGGAACACUUGCUGACUUCUCAAAACUGGUCACCAAAGCCAAAAGCCUGAAUCUCAAAGUAGUUCUAGACUUUGUUCCCAACCAUUCUUCAGACAAGCACGCCUGGUUUCCUAAAAGCAUCCAGAAGGUCAAGCCCUACGACGAGUACUACGUCUGGCGGGACGCCAAGAUGGUAAACGGAACCCGCCAGCCGCCCAAUAACUGGCUGAGCGCCUUCCAAGGUUCUGCUUGGGAAUGGAACAACGUCAGGAAGCAGUACUACCUCCACCAAUUCGCCGCAGGACAACCUGAUCUUAACUACAGAAGCUCAGCUCUUCAAGAAGAGAUGAAGAACGUUCUCCGCUUUUGGCUGAAGCUUGGCGUCGACGGAAUUCGAAUUGACACCAUCCCCAAUUUGAUUGAAGACUCUAGAUUCCUUGAUGAGCCCAAGAUACCCAAUACUGGUCUUCCAGAAACUGAUCCUGGGACUCUUCAGCACAUCUACACAGCAAACCAAGACCAGACCUACGACAUUUUGAAAUCCUGGAGAGAUGUGUUAGAUUCCAGCAAUGGGACCAAGAAAAUCAUCUUGACAGAAGCUUGGACCAGUUUGCCUUUGACAAUGAAGUACUACACCUACGGAUCCAACGUCCCGUUCAAUUUCAUGUUCAUCAACCAGCUGGGUAACUACUCGACGCCUUUAGAUUUCAAACGGAUCAUUGACCAAUAUAUAAACAGCAUCCCCAGUGGUCAGCAAGCCAAUUGGGUGGUUGGUAAUCACGACAGUCACAGAUCUGGUUCAAGGUUCGGCGAGCAGCGAGCCAACCAGAUUCCGAUGCUAGCAGCAGUCCUUCCAGGAGUUGGUGUUAUUUACAACGGAGAUGAGAUUGGUAUGAUUGACAGACAACUAACCUGGGCUGAAACUGUUGAUCCUGCUGGAUGCAACGCUGGACCUGGAAGGUACAAUGUCACAUCAAGAGAUCCUGAACGGACUCCCUUCCAGUGGGACGCUACCAAGAAUGCUGGGUUCACUUCAGGCAACAAAACCUGGCUGCCAGUUCAUCCUAAUUACAAGACAUUGAAUCUGGCUGCGCAGAAGGGAGUCAGUACGUCGCACUACGGGGUUACCAAGCAGCUGGUGCUGCUGAAAAAGGACCUGAUUAUCAGAACUGGGUCCACCCAAUUGGUGGUUAUUGGAAAUGAAGCUCUAGGAGUGGUUAGAAGAUUGGAUUUCUCCAGGACGGUGGUUUUGCUGAUCAACUUCACUGAAAAGCAGCUUAAGGUUGAUGCUAGCAGCUGGCUGAACAUUCCUGAGGUCAUGAGUGUCUAUGUUGCUUCAGUAGGAUCCAAGAUUACAUCAGGGUCUCGGGUUAAUACUGCUGCUAUUAAUUUGCCAGCUGCAGCGUCUAUUAUUCUUAAUAAGAUAAAAGGAGAAUCAUUAAGGCUUCCCAAGACAGUUUCCAAGAUGCAAGGACUGGUGAUCGUGUUCUUAAUCUUGUCACUUGGGUGUCUUGAGCCCGCGUCAGCCCAAAAUGGUUCGACAAGUGGUGACUGGUGGAGAGACACCUUCAUCUACCAGAUCUAUCCCCGUAGCUUCAAGGACAGCAACGGUGACGGAGUCGGAGAUCUGAAUGGUAUCACCUCCAAGCUGGAUCAUCUAGCAGACUUGGGUGUAAGCGCGGUCUGGCUGUCACCGAUUUACGCCAGCCCUAUGGUAGACUUCGGAUACGACAUCUCCAAUUUCACAGCAGUGGAUCCAACCUUCGGAACGUUGGCUGACUUUACGCGUCUUGUCACAAGAGCAAAAUCACUCAAGCUUAAAGUAAUCCUGGACUUUGUUCCUAACCACAGCUCAGACAAGCACCCGUGGUUCCUCAAGAGCGUCCAGAAAGUCAAGCCCUACGACGACUACUACAUCUGGCGGGACGCCAAAAUGGUCAACGGAACGCGUCAGCCACCCAACAAUUGGCUAAGCCAGUUCCAGGGUUCAGCUUGGGAGUGGAACAACCAACGAAAGCAGUACUAUUACCACCAAUUCACCGUCAGCCAACCUGAUUUCAACUACUCCAGCUCAGCUCUUCAACAAGAAAUGAAGAACAUCCUCCGCUUCUGGGUGAACCUCGGCGCAGACGGCUUUCGCGUCUCCGCAGCCAAUUACCUAAUUGAAGACUCUAGAUACCUAGACGAACCCAAGAGCUGGAAAGCUCCCUUUCUUCCAGCUGGUGAUCCUGAUUCCUUAAAUCACAUCUACACAGCAGAUCGCGACCAAUCCUACGAUAUUCUCCAAACCUGGAGGAAGUUUCUGGAUUCUCUCAACGGAACCCGCAAGCUGCUCAUCACUGAAGCUUACACCACUCCCUACUUCACCAUGAAGUUCUACCAAUACGGUUCCAACUUUCCCUUCAACUUUCACUUAAUUCGCAACAUCUGGAAGAGUUCUGGAGCUUUAGGCUUCAAGAGAAUCCUUAAUGACUACUUCAACGAGCUCCCAGCUGGAGCGAUUCCCAAUUGGGUGACUGGUAACCACGACAAUCAUCGAAUUGGCUCCAAACUUUACACUGCCUGGAUCGACCACAUCAAUAUGAUGGCUGGGGUGCUUCCCGGAGUGGGUGUUGUCUACAACGGCGAUGAAAUAGGCAUGGUUGAACGCCCAAUGACCUUCAAUGAGACUCUAGACCCAGCGGGAAUCAACGCUGGUGCUCUUUAUAGGCUCAAAUCACGGGAUCCAUCAAGGACGCCUUUCCAGUGGGAUAGUUCCACCAGCUCAGGGUUCUCCAGCAGCAACAGGACCUGGCUGCCAGUCAAUUCAAACUACAAGACUUUGAACCUGGCUAUCCAGAAGAAUCAGACCUAUUCUCAUUACUGGGUGAUGAAGAAGGUCAUCGCGUUGAAGCAGUUUCCAGUUAUCAAGAAUGGCACAACUGAAGUUGUUAUCAUCAACUUUCCGUGCUUGGCUAUUGUCCGUCGUUUGCAGAAUCAGGUGGCUGUUUUACUGAUGAAUGUCCACAAAACAGCAGUACGUCAUGAUAUCGCGGCUUUUAUCAACGUUCCUGAUAAAAUGACGGUCUAUGCUGCUAAUUCAUUGGCCAAUAUUUCAAUAAAUUCAGCCGCUGAUUUAACGGACUUAACGAUUGGUGGAUUUGGAGCGGUUGUUCUCAUAAAAGGAGAAUCAUCAAGGCUUCCCAAGACAGUUUCCACGAUGCAAGGACUGGUGAUCGUGUCGUUAAUCUUGUCACUUGGGUGUCUUGAGCCCGCGUCAGCCCAAAAUGGUUCCACAAGUGGUGAAUGGUGGAGAGACACCUUCAUCUACCAGGUCUACCCCCGUAGCUUCAAGGACAGCAACGGUGACGGAGUCGGAGAUCUGAAUGGUAUCACCUCCAAGCUGGAUCAUCUAGCAGACUUGGGUGUAAGCGCGGUCUGGCUGUCACCGAUUUACGCCAGCCCUAUGGUAGACUUCGGAUACGACAUCUCCAAUUUCACAGCAGUGGAUCCAACCUUCGGAACGUUGGCUGACUUUACGCGUCUUGUCACAAGAGCAAAAUCACUCAAGCUUAAAGUAAUCCUGGACUUUGUUCCUAACCACAGCUCAGAUAAGCACCCGUGGUUCCUCAAAAGCGUCCAGAAGGUCAAGCCCUACGACGAGUACUACAUUUGGCGGGACGCCAAAAUGGUCAACGGAACGCGUCAGCCACCCAACAAUUGGCUAAGCGAGUUCCAGGGUUCAGCUUGGGAAUGGAACAACCAACGAAAGCAGUACUACUACCACGAAUUCACCGUCGGCCAACCUGACCUCAACUACCGUAGCUCAGCUCUUCAAGAAGAAAUGAAGAACGUCUUCCGUUUCUGGCUGAACCUCGGCGUGGACGGGUUUCGCGUCGACGCUAUCAACUUCCUGGUCGAAGACUCCAGAUUUCUAGACGAACCCAAGAUCCCCAACACCGGAUUCGCCGACACCGACCCACGAACUCUUCGCCACAUCUACACUUCAGACCAAAACGAGACCUACCAAGUAGUUCUUUCCUGGCGCCAAUUGAUCGACUCUUACAACGGCACCCGCAAACUCCUCCUAACCGAGGCUUACACCACUCCAGCUUACACCGCCAAGUACUUCCAAUACGGCUCCAACAUCCCGUUCAACUUCAUCUUCCUCCGGAACAUCACCAGCCCUUCCAAACCUCUAGACUAUAAACGCGCCAUCGACCGCUUCAUCAACCUGGUUCCUCCUGGGUCCACUCCCAACUGGGUAACAGGUAACCACGACAACUCCAGAGUCGCCUCCAGAUUCGGUCCUCACAGAGCCGACCAGAUCACCAUGAUCACCGCGGUUCUCCCUGGAGUAGCUAUCAUCUACAACGGCGACGAAUUGGGAAUGAUUGACCGCCCAAUGUCCUGGAAGGAAACCAUCGACCCAGCGGGCUGCAAUGCUGGACCUAGCAGGUACAACCUCACUUCCAGGGACCCUGCAAGGACACCUUUCCAGUGGGACGCUACCAAGAACGCUGGACGGCUUCCUAAUCAGAAUCCUGUUGUCCUGGUGGUGAAUCUUUACAACCAUUCAAUGCACGCUGAUGUUGGUACAUUCAUGAACAUCCCCAAGACCAUGACCGUCUAUGUUGCCAACGCUGCUGCUAAAUUAUCAGCUGGAACCAAAAUUGAUACCUCGUUUUUGCAGCUUCAGGGUAACGCUUCUGUAAUUCUUGUUUGA